CCCGUUCGACAGGCAGCCGCUUCUUCUCGUGCAGUGCAAGCGCGUCCCCGAGACACGAUGGUGAAGGUCGGAGUGAACGGAUUUGGCCGCAUUGGGCGCCUGGUCACCAGGGCUGCUUUUAACUCUGGCAAAGUGGAUGUUGUCGCCAUCAAUGAUCCAUUCAUUGACCUCCACUACAUGGUCUACAUGUUCCAGUAUGAUUCCACCCACGGCAAGUUCCACGGCACGGUCAAGGCUGAGAACGGGAAGCUGGUCAUCAACGGGAAGGCCAUCACCAUCUUCCAGGAGCGAGAUCCCGCCAACAUCAAGUGGGGUGAUGCUGGUGCCCAGUACGUGGUGGAAUCCACUGGCGUCUUCACCACCAUGGAGAAGGCCGGGGCUCAUUUGAAGGGCGGAGCCAAAAGGGUCAUCAUCUCAGCCCCCUCCGCCGAUGCCCCCAUGUUUGUGAUGGGCGUGAACCACGAGAAGUAUGACAACUCUCUCAAGAUUGUCAGCAACGCAUCCUGCACCACCAACUGCUUAGCCCCCCUGGCCAAGGUCAUCCACGACCACUUCGGCAUUGUGGAGGGGCUCAUGACCACGGUGCACGCCAUCACUGCCACCCAGAAGACCGUGGACGGGCCCUCUGGGAAGCUGUGGCGUGACGGCCGCGGGGCCGCCCAGAACAUCAUCCCUGCCUCCACUGGCGCUGCCAAGGCCGUGGGCAAGGUCAUCCCCGAGCUGAACGGGAAACUCACUGGCAUGGCCUUCCGUGUGCCCACCCCCAACGUGUCGGUCGUGGACCUGACCUGCCGCCUGGAGAAAGCUGCUAAGUAUGACGACAUCAAGAAGGUGGUGAAGCAGGCAUCCGAGGGCCCCCUGAAGGGCAUCCUGGGCUACACCGAGGACCAGGUCGUCUCCUGCGACUUCAACAGUGACACCCACUCCUCUACCUUCGAUGCUGGGGCUGGCAUUGCCCUCAAUGACCACUUUGUGAAGCUCAUUUCCUGGUAUGACAACGAAUUUGGCUACAGCAACAGGGUGGUGGACCUCAUGGUCCACAUGGCCUCCAAGGAGUAAGAGCCCUCAAACCACCGGCCCCAGCGAGAGCACCAGAGGAGGACGAGAGGCCCUCAGCCGCUGGGGAGUCCCUGCCCCCACUCAGUCCCCACCACGCUGAGAAUCUGCCCCUCUUCACAGUUUCCAUCCCAGACCCCCUGGAGGAGGGGAGGGGCUUAGGGAGCCCUACCUUGUCAUGAAACCAUCAAUAAAGUCU